UACUUCUUUCUUCUCGUUUUUGCCGCCGCUGUAAAACAAAUUGCAUUAAUAAUGGAAGGAGGAGGAAAAUUAGGAGGAGAACAGAACAAUACCCUCAGUGUGAAAGAUGUGUUUCAGGAUUUCAAGGGCCGACGUGCUGCUCUUAUUAAGGCUCUCACCACUGAAGUGGAAGAAUUUUUUAAGCAGUGUGAUCCUGAAAAGGAGAACUUGUGCUUGUUUGGACUCCCAAACGAGCAAUGGGAGGUUAAUAUGCCUGCUGAAGAAGUACCACCAGAGCUUCCAGAGCCUGUUCUUGGUAUUAACUUUGCUAGAGAUGGGAUGCAAGAAAAGGAAUGGCUUUCCUUAGUUGCCGUCCACAGUGACGCUUGGUUGCUUUCUGUUGCCUUCUUUUAUGCUGCUAGAUUUGGAUUUGAUAAGUCCGACAGGAAGAGGCUCUUCAACAUGAUAAAUGAUCUGCCUACUGUAUAUGAAGUAGUGACUGGUGCUACAAAGAAGCAACAAAAAGAAAAAUCUACAGUCUCUAACCAUAGAAGCAACAAAUCCAAGCCAAACUCCAAAAAGAAGGCAGCAGAGUCUCAAGGAAAGUUUACAAAGUUGCUACAAAAAUAUGAAGAAGAAGAAGAAGAAGAAGAAGAAGAAGAAGAAGAAGAAGAAGAAGAAGAAGAAGAAGAAGAGGGAUUGGAUGAGAAGGAGGACGAAGAGGUGCAAGGUGAGACACUAUGCGGGGCAUGUGGGGAGAAAUAUGCAGAGGAUGAAUUUUGGAUAUGUUGCGACAUUUGUGAAAUGUGGUUCCAUGGCAAGUGUGUGAAGAUCACCCCCGCCAGGGCAGAGUUCAUUAAGCAAUACAAAUGUCCGCCUUGCAGCAACAAGAGAGCGCGGACCUAGUGUUUAGAAUGUGGUGAAUGUAGAGUUCUCCUGCUGUUAGAUGCAUCUGACUGUUUAUGUUGGUCAGGCUAUUCAUUAUAUUUGGCUCUAAGUUGUGGGUCUCUAAUUGGGUAGGCCUCAUCUCUAUGUAUAGUUGGCUCUAACUAAGGGUCCUUAUAUGUUGGUUCUGUUUAAAUUAACGGUAGUUCAGUUAAACUA